CUUUUUUUGUUGUUGUUUUCUCUUUGGUAGACUUGUGUUCGCUAUUUUCAAAUAUGUAAUAACGUACAUGUUUUGAAGCCAAAAUGUGUGUGCUCUGUCGGUUAUCCUUUGCUCAAGUACAGUCAACCACAUCACGCGCUGAGAACAGCGGCGGGUAUGUAAAAGAAGGGGAUACAGUAUCUCAGUUUGACAGCAUCUGUGAAGUUCAAAGUGACAAGGCCUCUGUCACCAUCACCAGCCGUUAUGAUGGUGUCAUCAGGAAACUCUAUUACAACCUAGAUGACAUCGCUUAUGUGGGGAAGCCACUGAUAGACAUCGAAACAGAAGCCCUGAAAGACUCAGAAGAAGAUGUUGUUGAAACUCCUGCUGUGUCCCAUGAUGAGCACACUCACCAAGAGAUCAAAGGCCAGAAAACACUAGCAACGCCUGCGGUCCGUCGGCUGGCCAUGGAAAACAAUAUUAAGCUGAGUGAAGUUGUUGGCUCUGGAAAAGAUGGCAGAAUACUUAAAGAAGAUAUUCUCAACUUUUUGGAAAAGCAGACGGGAGCCAUACUGCCUCCCUCCCCAAAGGCUGAAAUCACCCCACCUCAACCGCAGCCGAAAGCCAGGACCUCUCCGAUGCCAAUAUCAAAGCCCCCAGUAUUCACAGGCAAAGACCGAACAGAGCCUGUGACAGGCUUCCAAAAAGCAAUGGUCAAGAGCAUGUCCGCAGCCCUGAAGAUUCCCCACUUUGGCUAUUGUGAUGAGCUUGACCUUACUGAACUGGUGAAGCUUCGAGAAGAAUUGAAACCUGUGGCUUCCGCUCGUGGCAUCAAACUUUCCUUCAUGCCCUUCUUCUUAAAGGCUGCUUCUUUGGGAUUGCUGCAGUUUCCUAUCCUCAAUGCCUCUCUGGAUGAAAGCUGCCAGAACAUCACCUACAAGGCUUCUCACAACAUUGGGAUAGCAAUGGAUACUGAGCUGGGGUUAAUUGUCCCCAAUGUAAAGAAUGUUCAAGUGCGCUCUGUAUUUGAGAUCGCCAUGGAACUGAACCGCCUCCAGCAACUGGGCUCUUCCGGUCAGCUCAGUGCCACGGACCUCACCGGAGGGACGUUUACUCUUUCCAACAUUGGAUCAAUUGGUGGAACCUAUGCCAAAGCGGUGAUAUUGCCUCCGGAAGUAGCCAUCGGUGCCCUGGGAGCGAUUAGGUCUCUUCCCCGAUUUGACCAAAACGGAGAAGUUUACAAAGCACAGAUAAUGAAUGUGAGCUGGUCAGCUGAUCACAGGAUCAUUGAUGGCGCCACCAUGUCACGAUUCUCUAACUUGUGGAAAUCCUACCUGGAAAACCCCGCGUCCAUGCUGCUAGAUCUGAAAUAAGGGUAAACGGGACAUCCUUGAACUUUCUGCGUUUCCAAAGAGUACGUGAGGCCUAACUGUGCCAGCAUGUAUUCCUGUUACAGUUGCGUUGGAAAUGGUUUGUGUUGCCUGGUUAAGGCUCUAAAGCACAGCAUUUGUGCCUGGCACAUUAGGCUCUCUGCUGAAAAUGAACGACAGGUAGCGGUUCUAUUGUGUAGGUCAGAGGGUAACUUCUCAAUAUGGUGCUGAGAUCUUUGUGUCAAUGAUUGAAACAGGCAACAAAACAAAAUCAAUGUUACUAAAAGGCAAGUAGCGACAGACAUAUGGUAUUGGCCCUGUUUCUCUCUCUCUCGCUCUCUUAAUUUUUAACUGACUUUUUAAAUGAACUUUUAAAUUAUACUUUAUUGGGAGAAAGGAAUUCAUAUACAAAUGUUUUUCAUUUCCCUAAAAUCAAGGUAACUGUUCUACAAAUUAAGUGCAAUUCUGCUUAUCCCUUCAGAUAAAAAGACAUACACUCUUGCCUUACUGUAAAGUAUUAUCUCCAAAUGUCGUAUAGCUAUAAGUUAGCAUUCUUUAAAGGGGGAAGUUAUAGUUUGCUCUUAAUUAUAGUCUACAACCCCAAAGGCUGUUAAAAGUAAAUGUUUAAAAUGCAUAGACUUGGAGCGGCGGUAAUGCUUGGCAUUUUGCUGGGAAAUACUUGACUUUGCAAACUCACUUUGUGACGCAAAAUAUCACAAAAACAGCAACGGUUGGCUUUUUCUUUUUUCUAAUACUUAGAGAUUUAUUGCCUUUUAAUUUUAUUGAUCUUCAGCUAACCCAAGAAAAGGACCUAGAAUCUCUUCUGUUCUGAGCGUGAAUAAGAAAAGAUUCAAAUGGGAAAUUGUGGGCAUAAAAUUAGCUUAUACAGAAAUGCUAGUAAUGAUCAUCUUGGUAAAGGUCUACUUUAAUCAGCAUCAGGAGGAACCUAAUUCAAGGCUGGACAAUCCUUUAUUCCCCACACUUGAGAAGCGGAGACAAGUGGAUUGCUGUGAAUUUGAGUUCCCAGACAGC